ACAAGGAACUACAAUGACAGAAGAUUCAUCUGCUUCUCCUUGCUUUUCUCAGCAACUCUUCUUCACUUGUGCCCUCAUAUACAAAAAUAUUCUGCUGGCUAUGGAAACAGUCACCAGAAAGUCAUUUGGGUAUCACCCAGGCUCCUCUCUAACCUCCCAUCCCCAGCUCUCCUCAUGUAAUGUUCCCACCCUUCUUGGUCCUCAAUGGAGACAAGAACUCAGUUUCCCCAAGCCACCCCAGCCACUGCCAUAUCCAGACCACCUGCCCUGCACACAGGUAGCAUCUGACUCUAGGUUGGCUUUAUCUUUCUUGCUCAUCCCCUUCAUUGCUUCGCUGCUAAUUGUCCCUCAUCAUCCUUUUCCCCCACCCUGCUCCAUGAGAUUCCAUGAGCUUGGUGCAGACAAAAUGAGAAACAUCAGCACCACCAGCACUGAAUGGCGCUGCUCCAACCUUCCCUCAAGAAACAAACUCACACUUCCCUCCAAGCCACUGCUGGAUCUGGUUCCUCUUUGCUUUGCAAGGCCCACCUGUUCCUAUCCAGCAAAACCCACUAGCUUUAGGGGGCAGCAAGAGAAAGAAAAUGAGGAAACCAUUCUCACAUUGCAGCUUUCUCACACUGCAGUUUGGUCAAUACAGCAGCAUGAGGAGGAGCAUUGAUGCAAUGCAACUUUUCAUCAGCUCUCAUGCCCACAGUGCAGCUCCACUGUGGGCCUUCUGUGAGUGCUGAGCCCUGCAGGAAGCACAGGGCUGCUUUCCUUGGGUAUGUAUAAGCACAAAGACUCAUGGAGCUGUUUUCCUUCUGCGUGUGUAACCACAAAGCUGCUGCUCUGGUCACACUGUACCGCAAGGGAUGCCCCCAGACACUGGUUUCUGGCCAAGCAGCACUAAAGAAACAGCAGAGCAAGCUCUAGAGCAGACCACAACCCCUCCCCAAAACACACAUACCGGUGUAAACUGGCGAUGGGCAUCAUCCUCAUUUUGUCCCCCCACUCCUGCCAGAAAGUAGCCAGUACCUUCAGAUGCCAUGCAUGGUACUCUCCCCUGCUGCCACAGCUCAGCCUGGAUGAUGUCACAGUACCCUCCAGCAUGUCACAGUUUGGCAGAUUCUGCCCAAGCCCACUCAGGGGAAUUUACUGCCCAGCUCUGUUUCCUAGGCAAUGUUCUGAGAUGGAGAGGCCACAGGAAGGUGGGAUGGGGCCUUCCCAAGAUGGGGACUCUCUACAGACAGAGAACUAUUCCUCAAUCUUUAUACUCCAUCAGUGCCACCCAGAUGAGCUGGAGCUAGACUCUGUCAGCAGCUUCUCCUCCAGUACUGUCAACUGCUCCAGCAGCGAGGGCCCAAGCAUGGGUCCAAUUGUGAUUGAUAUGGGCACAAGGAGCUGCAGAGCAGGGUUUUCUGGAUACCAUUCCCCCAGCGCUGAGGUCAGCACCCUGGUGGGCCACCGUAUGAGCUCAGAAGAAGCCAGGGCUAGGGUGGUUAUUGGAGAGGAGGCAUUGCUGUACCCUGACACUAAAACCACAGAGGUGAUGCACAAUGGCUUCAUCAUUAACUGGGAGGCAGCUGAAAGCCUAUGGAAGUACCUCCUUGAACAUGAGCUCCGGGUGAACCCUGAGGACCACGCGCUGCUCCUCACAGAGCCACUGUUCAGCCCCACCAGCAGCCGGGAGAACAUGGCAGAGGUGGCUUUCGAGGUGCUGGGCACUCCGGGUCUCUUUGUUGCCCCUCAGUCAGUCCUCUCUGCUUACGCACAUGGCAAGAUCAGUGCUCUGGUGCUGGAUAUGGGCCACGAGGCCACCCGUGUCGUACCGGUGCUGGAAGGCAGGAGCAUGGCAUGCAACUCCAAUCAGACAGACGUGGCAGGACGGUGCCUUACAUGGUAUCUUUCAACUCUUCUGGAGGACAUGGGGCAAGUGCUCAGCGAGGGGAUGACCCACAUGGUGGAGGGCAUCAAGCAUGCAUGCUGCUACAUUGCUGAUGACUUCCAAAGCGAGUGUCUCCUCCCACCCAGCUCCCACACCAUGGAUAUUUCCCUGCCCAAUGGGAUGACACUUACCCUCAGCAAGGAGCGCUUCCAGUGCCCAGAGGUGCUCUUCAACCCUCCGUCCAGCUGGGGAGACUCCUUCGUGAGCAUCCAGGAGACAGUGCAGAAGAGCGUUGCGCAGCUCCCAGAGGAAAUCACACCCACUAUGUGUGCCAAUAUUGUCCUGUGUGGGGGCUCCUCGCUCUUCAAAGGGCUACAGAAGAGGUUGUGCAAUGAGCUCCUGGGUCACCUGCCAUUCAGCACUACUAUGAAGGUGGGGGGCUCAGAGCUGCGGCGACAUGCAGCGUGGACAGGGGGAUCCAUCCUCGCCUCACUCUGCAACUUCCAGUCAUGUUGGAUCCGCCGUGAUGAGUACUAUGAGGUAGGGCCACACAUCGUCCACCAGAAAUACUUCUGA